AAAAAAAACAUACCAAAUCGUGUCUUGUAUGACAGUCUGAGCAGAAGCUGCACAACAGAUGAUUGACGGCGGGGUUUUUGGUGUUUCUGUCUGCGGUCGAGUCUCUCAUUGGCUGACUUCAUCCCCCAGCCAUGAAUGCAGCUAUUAGAUUGGCUGCACGUCCUCGCCAGCUGUACUUCAAAGAACACGCUCUCUACAACUAGGUAGUGUUGAGAGCUGCGAGCCAAGAGAGAAACCGUGUGACCCGAGUCAAACACGGUGAGUCUGAAUCAAACUGGAGCCGUAGGCUACAGCACUGAAAUCGCGAACACUCUCACCACAGCACAGACCCUGGAUAUGGCUACGUCUAUACUUGGGGAAGAACCACGGUUUGGAACUACACCUCUAGCUAUGCUGGCUGCAACUUGCAACAAAAUUGGUAACACCAGUCCUCUUACAACUUUACCUGACUCGAGCGCUUUCUCAAAAGGUGGAUUUCAUCCGUGGAAAAGAUCCUCCUCCAGCUGCAACUUGGGAUCCAGUCUGCCCGGUUUCACAGUAGCAACAAGCCGCGCAUCGACAGGACUAACACCGACCAGUGGCACAGGCAACAGCGCCUUUUGCUUAGCCUCCACCUCCCCGACCUCGUCUGCAUUUUCCACAGAGUACAGCGGUCUGUUUUCCAACUCUGCCAGCGUCACAUCCCAAGAGUCUGGACAGUCGGCUUUUAUCUCCAAAGUCCACACAUCAGCAGAGACUCUGUACCCGCGGGUGGGGAUGGCGCACCCGUACGAGUCGUGGUACAAGUCCGGUUUCCACUCGACCAUCUCUGGUGAUGUUGCCAACGGAGCGUCUUCGUGGUGGGAUGUCCACACUAACCCCGGGUCGUGGCUCGAUGUCCAAAAUCCUGCAAGCACCCUCCAGACCUCGCUGCACUCCGGGACGCCGCAGGCUAUCCACUCCCAGCUGAGUGGCUACAACCCGGACUUCUCCUCGCUGACCCACUCGGCGUUUAGCUCCACUGGAAUCAGCCCCUCUGCGUCGCAUCUACUGUCCACCAGUCAGCACCUGUUAACGCAGGACGGUUUCAAAACAGUCAUCCCCACUUACACAGACGCUUCUGCCGCCAACGCCAUGAUUUCUGGGGGCAGCUCAGGAAUAAGUAGCUCCUCCAGGUCGUCCAGGCGGUACUCCGGCAGAGCAACAUGUGACUGUCCGAACUGCCAGGAGGCUGAGCGGCUGGGACCCGCCGGGGCCAGUCUGCGGAGAAAGGGACUCCACAGCUGCCACAUUCCCGGCUGCGGCAAGGUGUAUGGAAAGACAUCUCACCUCAAAGCGCAUUUGAGAUGGCACACCGGCGAGCGGCCUUUUGUCUGCAACUGGCUUUUCUGUGGCAAAAGGUUCACUCGGUCCGAUGAGCUCCAGAGACACCUUCGCACCCACACCGGCGAGAAACGGUUUGCUUGCCCGGUGUGUAACAAGCGCUUUAUGCGGAGUGACCAUUUGAGCAAGCACAUCAAAACGCACACGGCCGGUGGAGGAGGCAAAAAGGGGAGCGACAGUGACACCGACACCAGUAAUCUGGAGACCCCGAGGUCCGAGUCCCCAGAACUUAUUUUGGAGGGGGUAAAUCCCAGAAUCACUGUUAAGGAUCCGUCUCCUCACGACGAGCCCUAAUGAGGCUACACCCCAAAUCAAAACAGAUUCAAAACUGCACAGCAUUGAAAACGGGUCUUAUCUGACAGACAAUAAAGGAGAAAAUAUUUCAAGAAGCGAUUGCAAUGUCUAAAAAAUAUAUUCUCCACAGGCGUAACGAGUAUUUCAUCCGUAAAUCCAUCUAAAGAAACCACAGAGAGAUUUACUGUAGGCCUCUGGAAAUUUUUAGGGACAACUUGAAAAUGAAAUGGAUGAUUGCUAAGGGUGCGCGAAAACCUGUUGAACUUUGGUUGGACAGUGUGAGUUACAUCUUGUAUAUUGACGACUAAACUAUGUGUUAUUUUCAUGUAAAUGUUAGGCUAUGAUUGUUUUAUUCGUGUUGGUAUCCUGGAAAUCAGGGAGUUUACUUUGGACGCACUUUGUGGAUAUGUAUGUACACAGCUUUUUCAACUUUGGUUAACCAUUUUAUUUCUUUGCUAAAAAAUAUAUAUAUAUAAAUGUUUACCUGUAUAAAGUCACACGUAUAAGACUUUCAUUUUAUCGUAAUUAAAACAUCUUAAAAAAGGCUGUAAUUGUGUGAUGUAGAUUUUAUAUUUUUUUUUUCUUGAUUGUUAGGUUUUUAAUUGGAAAAAAAAAUGUUUUUAUUUCAUUUAGAAAAUUAUUUUAAACCGUGAGUGCUGUUUCUAUGCUAUUUUUCUUUAAAUCACCUAUAAUACCUUGACUUUCACUAUUUCCCCUAUGGAAUAAAUCAAUGUUUAAUGCCCCGGAAAAGACAUUUCAUGCCUAAAUGAAAAUCUUGUUAAAUGGUAUUAAUUAUGACUUGGAGCACAUCGCAGCCCCAUGUGUCUUGUAUUUGCGAUUAGGGAUUCGUGUCUUAUCAAAUAUCUAAUUAAUCUCCGAGACAUCUUUUGUUCAGUUUCACUUUAUCGGGGGGUUUCCAAGGGGGUUUGAUGACAAAGGUCCCUGAAUAUUUAUUCUAAUUGUCCAAAUUAACUGCUUUCAUUUGCAUACCAAUCGAUGGACCGAGAAUAAGGAUAUGGCUUCCCUCUCUUUGCCAGAAACCACAUACAUGUUAUGGGAACAGUUUUUUAAACUUUAGAAAAAGAGAGGGCAAAGAGUCACAUGCAAAUGUUGAAUUUCAAAUGGUCCUUGCUCAGCGCAAACAAAUGGUGCCUGCAUGUUAUUUGAAUAUCAGUGGCCCCGUAUUGAAAGGGUUCAAGGAUGCUCUCUGACUUCUUUGUGCUUAGCCAGUGCAGCGUCCGACUCUCAAAGAAAAAGCCGGGGAAUAAUUACAGCGUGAGUCCAGGAUUUGGAAUACGUCAGGGAAAAGCAUCUCAUCCAGACACCCUCUUUUUUUUUUGAAGAGGAUGUUAAAUUGACCAGAAGGCAAUAGAAGGAAAUUAUUUUCAUUU